UCUCUCUCACCACGUGCGGCACGCCCAGAGCCUGUCACCAACCCGCUCCCCUCCCAGUCCUCCCAGUCCAACACCUCGCGCGCCCAGGUCUGAAUCCUCUCCCUCGCCAUCGCCAUGGCGCGCAAGAAGAUCCGGGAGUACGACUCCAAGCGCCUCCUCAAGGAGAACCUCAAGCGCCUCGCCGGCAUCGACCUCACCAUCCUCUCCGCCCAGAUCACACAAUCAACAGACUUUGCAGAGCUUGUGAGCCAGCAGCCAUGGCUGUCAACCACAAAGUUGGUCGUGAAGCCCGAUAUGCUGUUUGGGAAGCGUGGCAAGAGUGGCCUGGUGGCCCUCAACCUUGAUUUUGAUCAAGUCAAGGAGUUUGUGAAGGAGCGGUUGGGAGUCGAGAUUGAGAUGGGUGGCUGCAAGGCUCCAAUCACGACCUUCAUUGUUGAACCAUUUGUGCCCCAUGAUCAAGAGUAUUACCUAUCGAUUGUGUCAGAGAGGCUGGGCAGCACCAUCAGCUUCUCAGAGUGUGGUGGGAUUGAGAUCGAGGAGAACUGGGACAAGGUUAAGACGGUUUUUCUUCCAACUGAGAAGCCAAUGACACCAGACGCAUGUGCUCCCUUGAUCGCCACCCUUCCAUUGGAGGCACGCGGAAAAAUUGGUGACUUCAUCAAAGGAGUGUUUGCUGUCUUCCAAGACCUGGACUUCUCAUUUAUGGAGAUGAACCCAUUUACCAUGGUGAAUGGGGAGCCAUAUCCUCUGGACAUGAGAGGAGAACUAGAUGAUACAGCAGCUUUCAAAAACUUCAAGAAGUGGGGAGCUAUUGAAUUCCCUCUACCAUUUGGAAGAGUACUGAGCCCUACAGAAAGUUUCAUCCAUGAACUAGAUGAGAAGACAAGUGCCUCUCUGAAGUUUACAGUUUUGAACCCAAAGGGACGCAUCUGGACAAUGGUUGCUGGAGGUGGUGCUAGUGUCAUAUACGCUGAUACUGUUGGAGAUUUGGGGUAUGCUUCAGAGCUUGGAAACUAUGCAGAGUAUAGUGGUGCUCCCAACGAGGAGGAGGUUCUGCAUUAUGCUAGAGUCGUACUUGAUUGUGCGACUGCUGAUCCCGAUGGUCGUAAGAGGGCACUUCUCAUUGGAGGUGGCAUUGCUAACUUUACUGAUGUGGCUGCCACAUUCAAUGGCAUCAUCCGGGCCUUAAGAGAGAAGGAAUCCAACUUGAAGGCUUCAAGGAUGCACAUUUAUGUUCGCAGAGGUGGCCCGAAUUACCAAUCUGGACUGGCUAAAAUGCGUAAACUUGGUGCAGAGCUUGGCAUUCCAAUUGAGGUGUAUGGGCCAGAAGCGACGAUGACAGGAAUCUGCAAACAAGCAAUUGAAUGCAUCAUGGCUGCAGCAUAAUUGGGAUCUGCAAACGCGAAAUUGAAUGUGUCAUAGACUCGGCCAUAAAUGAGGGAUGGAGAGUGUAGUUGCAGUAGUUCACCCACACAGGGUUGUUCCCUUUUUGUUGCAGAUAUGUUGUAGCGUGGAGUUGUUUGACGGUAUCUUUAUAGAUCAUUACUGCAACAAAAUCACUGUUGUGAUGCAAUAAUUCCGAGGUCUAGUUUCGUAUCCAGUUGUUUUGUGAGUAUCUAUGAGUUGGUUGCGUCGA